CCCUUACUUCUUUUGCACACGGGGUUUGUACACCAGGGUGUGGCAGCACUUGAAAUACAGAGAAGUUUACUUUUUUUAACUACUCUGCAGCUAGUAGCUCGAGGUUAUCUUGCUCUUAAGGCGUACACAGACCGCUAGCACCAGCGCUAUAUUUUCAGGUGAAGUUUGUCUGUAAUCUAUUAACUACAUCAUACUCGCAGCUGAAAUAAUGGCUCCAAAGGGCACAGUGAAGCCGUACCCCCAGUUUAAUGCCACUGAAGAUGCAAACGCCCUUCGUGCAGCAAUGAAAGGACUGGGCACGGAUGAAGACGCCAUCCUAACACUCCUGACUGCCAGGGCCAACGAUCAGCGACAGAAAAUAACAGCACAAUACAAGUCCUUGUUUGGAAAGGAUCUGGUUGAUGAUUUGAAGUCUGAACUUGGUGGGAAGUUUGAAAGGGUGAUCAUUGGUUUAAUGGUGCCUCCAGUCCUGUAUGAUGUCCAGGAACUGAGGCAUGCACUAAAGGGGGCUGGAACCGAUGAAAAGGUUUUGAUAGAAAUCUUGGCCUCCAGGACUUCCAGCCAGAUUAAAGAAGUGAUCGCGGCUUACAAACAAGAGUACGAUGCGGACCUAGAAGAAGCUGUUGCUGGGGACACUGGUGGGCAUUUUCAGAGAAUGUUGGUGGUCCUGCUGCAGGCAAGCAGACAGAAAGGUGUCGAUGAAAGCUGCAUUCAGCAGGAUGCCCAGGACCUCUUUGCUGCUGGGGAACAAAAAUGGGGCACUGAUGAAGAAAAAUUCAUCACUAUCCUGGGGAACCGAAGUGCUGAACACCUAAGAAGAGUUUUUGAUGAGUACAUGAAAAUAUCUGGGUAUGAGAUUGAAGAAAGCAUUGAAAAAGAAACUUCUGGGAGCACAAAGGAUCUGUUUUUGGCUGUUGUUAAAUGUGCCAGAAGUGUUCCUGCUUAUUUUGCUGAAAGUCUCUACAAUGCAAUGAAGGGAGGUGGCACUGAUGACAAUACUUUGAUCAGAAUCAUGGUUUCCAGAAGUGAAGUAGACAUGCUGGAUAUCCGUGAUAAUUUCCGAAGAUUGUUUGCAACUUCUCUUUACUCCAUGAUCAAGGGUGAUACAUCCGGGGAUUAUAGGAAGGCCCUCCUUCUCCUUAGUGGAGGUGAUGAUGCAUGAAGCUGCUGAAUGAAGAAGCAUUUCCAAAUAUUAAAUCAGUUUGCAUUUUUUAUGUUUAUCCCAUGCAUAAUUCUGCUUGUGCCUUUAUAAGAAGCAUGUGUAAAACAGAUUUUUUUUUUGUUAAUCAUUUUAAUGACUGUAAUAGCACAUUCAUUCUUUAACCAGGAAGUUAACCCAUUGAGACCAAAGCCUCUUUCACAAGGGUGUAAUAGCACAUUGGUAAUUUAGUGCAAUAUGUGUCAAUUGCUUUCUUAAAUCCACUAGCUGCUUUUUUAAAAUGAAAUUCAGUCUUUUAAAAUAAAAAUAAAUACUAACAACAGACAUAACUGGCAAUUUUAAAAAAAAGCCUAUGUUUUCUCCUGGAGAAAGCGAUGUAACAUUCCAUAUCAUGUACCUUAAUUAAAAAGCAUUUGUGUGAA